CCAUUGCGCAGCCACAAGAACAUAACCCGCCACAACGAACACAUACUUCAUACCUUGUGGCAUAUGAGAUAAAGUUACUCCCACAAGUUAAUCAUCAAUGGCGUCCAACGCCAUGGUUCUCCUCUGCCCUCCCACCACUACUCGCCACCACAUACCUCUCUUUUCACUCCACAAAACCACCACUUCUCUCCGUCGUAUCCCUUAUUUCUCUUCUUAUUCUACUUCAACCAGAUCAUCAUCGCGCUCAAUUUCCGCUUCUUCACGGGCAAUGGAAGCUCUAAUAUUCGAUUGCGACGGCGUUAUUCUCGAAUCCGAAGACUUACACCGCCAAGCUUACAAUCUGGCUUUCGCUCACUUCAAUGUCCGUUGCCCUCCCUUCUCUGAACCUCUCAUUUGGGAUAUUGAAUUCUACGACGUCCUUCAGAACCAAGUCGGUGGUGGUAAACCUAAAAUGCGCUGGUAUUUUAAGGAGAAUGGUUGGCCUUCUUCAACACUCUUUGACACGCCUCCUGAAACUGACAUCGAUAGGGCAAAUUUAAUUGACACUCUUCAGGAUUGGAAGACUGAAGCGUACAAGGAUAUAAUCAAAUCUGGAAGUGUUGAGCCCAGACCAGGUGUACUAAGAUUAAUGGAUGAGGCUAGAGCUUCUGGUAAAAAGGUUGCUGUAUGUUCUGCUGCAACCAAAAGCUCAGUUAUUCUUUGUUUAGAGAAUCUUAUUGGAAUGGAACGAUUCGAAGGUCUUGAUUGCUUUCUUGCAGGUGAUGAUGUGAAGGAAAAGAAGCCUGACCCUUCUAUAUAUAUCACAGCCUCCAAGAAACUAGGUGUUUCAGAGAAAGCUUGCUUGGUGGUGGAGGACAGUGUCAUUGGUUUACAGGCAGCAACAAAAGCAGGAAUGUCUUGUGUGAUUACCUACACAUCUUCAACUGCAAACCAAGACUUUACAGAUGCAAUAGCAAAAUUCCCUGAUUUGAGUGACGUAAGAUUAAAAGACUUGGAGGAGUUGCUAGAAAAUGUGGUUGCUGCCUAGAAUUUCGAAUUAUGAUACAAAAUACACAUUUCUGUUAAUAUUAUCGGGAUUUAUUUGUAAAGAAAAUGUAUCAAGAAUGUAGAUAUAUAUAAGUUUACAAACAAACCCUUUUUUAAAA